AUGGCUGAAGUCGGCUUGAUCUCCAGCGAACAGCAGUUGGAUGUGGCCUUGACCCGAGAUAAGAAGCUCCUUAUAGUGGUUAUGAACAUGAGAAUCUGGAACGCAGAAUUUGUCAGGGCCGCAAAGAAAGGCUCUUCUCGCUAUCCGGCAGGCUGCCUCAAGAAUACUGUAGACAAACGCGAUGUAUUGAGAUGGCUCGACCGAGAGACUGUGGAAAGAGCCUUUGACUCUAUUCAGCCUCAGAGGAUGCCCGCCGCUCCCGGCUCAACUACUCAAACACAAAAGAAGGAGCAGCGUACCGAUACCAUCAUCACACAGAGCGCCAGGGCAGUAGAUGAUGAGGUCGCCAAGGCCAAUUUGCAGAUAAAGCGGAUAGAGCUGAAUGACAGCAUCGAGGGCCGAACGAAAAGCUCUAGGUGUAGAGAUGGUAGAGAUGAAGUAGAUGGGAGCCCGGCAGGACAGCCUCAAUACUCAACAGAACGAUCUGGAUGUACAACAGCAGGCUCUAGUUGUGAAGUGGAAGGAGAAAGGAGAUGGAAGCCCGGAUGA